AUGGAACUGCAUGUCUGCAUUAUGUCAGGUAAAGAUCUUCCUAUAAUGGGUUUGCUUAGAUCUAUUAAUCCACUAAUAGAGCUAGAUUGCGAGAGUAUUCAUCAUGAAACCCAAUUAUUUAAAAAUAAACGUAAUCCUACAUGGAAUGAGCAGUUUACCUUUCCAAUAGAAAAGAUCCGUGGAAAAUUGACACUAACCCUUAAAAACAUAAAACAUCAGAAAGCCAAGCCUUGCUCGAAAUUCGAGAUUAAGAUUAAAGAGAUACCAUUUGGCAUUAUUUUAGAUCAAUGGAUAGAUCUAAAUUCGCUAUCGGAGAAGAGAAAAGGUGGAAUGUUACAUGUUAAAUUUCAUCUCAUCAAUCAUGGUGAGAUUCCAUUUGUUGAAUACGCUUUGAAUAAUUCUUAUCCAAAGCAUAUCGCAGCGGAAGAUUCUAGUUCAGCUCCAAAGGAAAAGCCUUUCUUCUUUGAUGAUUUUACAUUAGGUAUUGAAUUACCUAUUGCUUUCGAUAGAAGAAAGGCAUUGACACCAUGA